GGGUAGCAUUCAUAAAGAUCAAAUGCCACCAUGCGACCUUUUUCUUUUUCGUACAGACAACACGAGAACCCAUCAUAUUCUAAUAAAAGAAACACUGGGAUCUGGUGAAUUUUUGUUUACCAAUCGCAAGCUAAUACCUUUCCAUUGAAAGAUCAACUAAUGCACCAACAAUGACCUCUCUCAAAAUCCCUGGAUGUUAACCCAUCCCCACUUGACUGUUGCGAUCCAUAUUCAAGACAGUGGAAUUGACUUUGCUUUAACUACCUGAGACAGGAAAGAGACCUAUCGAGAUUGCGAAUCGACUGACUCUGCCACGAUGGAUACGAGAUGUCACUUCCAGCAGGGCUAUGUGGACUAAGGUGCCUACUUCCUUCGCGCUCUUGAUGCUGGUAUAGCCCUGUCUUAUCUUUCCAUGUUCAGCAAGUAGUUGCUAAAUUAAGCUCACGAGGCUCUAGUGCAUGUCUGCAUAACUACUAAGGUAGCCGUUGGAUAUUUCCCGCAACACCAGGAGAUAAAAAGAAAGAAAAAAAAAAAGCCGCGAUAUCAGUCAGAUACCUGCCCAUCAAACUGAAUACAGAGCAUGCCAUAUACACACCCUAAUAGGCAGGUAAGCGAGAGGACCCCCUGCCCUGUCAGAGCAAAAUCCGAGCGUUUUCGGAAUUAACAUGAACUACUGACUCACCCGGCGUAAAUCCCGUCAUGGCAGCUUGAUCGACUUAUCCCCGCCUUAGGUCUUGCCUAAAUAGCUGCAAAUGUCGAUUGUUAUUUACUUGAUGUGCAAACUUUCAGUUUGAUUGAAACCAAAGUCCAUUGUAUGGAGAAUAUUGUUUGCCAAUCAUUUGGUGACUAGGUCCAUUGAUCCCUCAAAAGCAAACCCCCUGCGUUAACUCAACACGUAUAUAACUACCGAUACGCAGCUCCAGAAGUUGAAUUUGUGCAGUUGAUCUCCAAAACACUCCCCGAAGACGGAUCCAAGACCUAUUUUUAUACCAGACUGACACUCGGAUCUUAUCGCUGGAGUCAAUACUCACCUCCAACGGCCAUCAAAGCCUAUGACAUCCACAGAGGUGCUCCAUCACAUCCGGCCCGGCACCACUGCCGAUCUCACUGUGGCUACAGAUCUCUAUAUGCAAAGCUUCGACAAAGAAACUCUGCUCGACUUCAUGUUCCCAACCCGUCACAGCGACUCAACUCCCUUUCGUGAGUGGGUUACUCGGCGCUUUCGUACACGCUACUGGACGCCCGGCUACGUUCUCACUAUGCUGGAUGAUGCCAGAGGCAGGACUGUGGCAUUUACUUGGUGGCAUAUACCGGACGAUUCCUUAUCUUUCCGUGAGCGAUGGCUCUCAUUUCACGCUUGGGUUGCCCCCAUCAUGUUGGCGGCGCUGAAACUACAUUCCUACGUGUUUCCUCUUCGCCACGUAGACUCUCAUCGACUUGGUAUUUACGACCGCGAUUUCAGUACCAUUGAACCCGACAUACUCAAUUCUCCUCGGCGUCGUUCAGCUUGGUAUUUGUCUAGCCUUGGGGUCUCUCCUCAUGUCCAAGGUAGUGGUUAUGGUUCCCUGCUCCUUCAGCAUGGCUUGGAGGCGGCCGAUCGUGCAGGAGUUCCCACUUGGCUGGUGGGAUUGCGUGGGCUCGACAGAUUCUACAAGCGUUUUGGCUACGUAGAAGUGGCCAGGGCCAAUGUUGGGGAGUUGAAGGACUGGGACGGUGGCAUCAUCAUGUUCAGGGGGGAUUGAUCAUCAAGACUAUGCACCCAUCGCUAGAUCUUACAGCAUUCACGAAUAUCUCUCAGCAAAGAAAAACGGAUAUCACAUAGCGUCAUCAACCAGAGUCUCAUUACGAUUCCUCAUCGAAAUAUCGUUCAGAUGGGUCAUUCAUCUAUCAUCUAUCUGGCUACUUAUGGCCGCUUCAGGCCAACAAGGCUAUGAACUUUAUGUCAUAAGCAUCUCCAUAAUAGCAAAUCCCAUCCCAGACGAUGGAGCAAUCAUAAUAAUCAUGGCAGUAACAAGCAAAUAUCCGCCCUGUGCGAAGUCAUGCCGAAACAUGCCUUAUUGUUGUGUCGUUGGGCUUCCUGAGGUGCUCCAGUGGGCGAUAUACCCAGACAACGGGCCGGAAAUACCAAAAAAAAAAGGGGGGGGUUCCGAUGGGGGGGGGGCGGACGAAUGUCAAGGGAGCAACGUUUUUCAGUUCAGCAGUGAUGAACAGCCCCAGGCGGGGAAGCAACGCAAAUUAGAUAAAUUCAUUAUCGUCGUGCAGCUCGUGUCAAAAAGAAAAAGGAGGUAAAGCAUGAAGCUACGCAAGUGGCACACAAGGCCAGGCCUCAAAAACCUCGCUCCCUACCAUCAUUCAGGAAAUCUGUUCCUUACUGGUGAUUGCUAUCGGAAGCUCGAUCACCAUGGAAGUUCUCUUCAUCGUCAUUGGUUGAAAGAUUGUGUUGAUAGGCCUGGUAAUUGCCUCGAGCGAGAGUGUCGUCGAACUCGGCGGUGGAUGCGUAGCCGUGUUGGUAUCUUGGACGGUAGGCCACUGCUGGCUGCGUGGUCGGAACACCUUCAUCAGUAACCAGAUCAGCAACGCCAUACUCUGGAACUUCUUCUUUGGGGUACUGGCGCGAGGAACAGAGGCUAGCUUGGUCAACGGAAGCCAAUGUGUGCUGCUGGUAUUGGUUCAUAGAGCGGCCGAUCCUAGUGUUCGACCCAGUCUCGGCAGAAAACCAGUAGGGCUGGUGGAUUUGUGAACGCGGAGCAUCAGAGUACGGGCGCUCGUCUGCCAUCGAAUGAUGCAGCGAGUUGUCUACUCCGCUCAUUCUAAGAUGAGAAUGACGUUCUUCCGGGACUUGAUACGAGUAAACCGCUCCUGGAGUCUGAAUAGGAGGAGUCCCGGAAGAGGGAUAAUUGAGGGGCGCGGGCGUGAGUUGAGUAUUGACUGUCGACGCAAGGAAGUGGUGGUUGUCUCGGCUGUGUUGGGCAGCAUAGCCUGCGGUGCUAUACAUCUGAUCCGCUCUGACCACCAUUGGCAUAGCAGCGGUAUGGACCGAGAGGUUUCUAUCAGUCAGUACGAAUCCAUUUGGGCCAUAGUGGUGAUCGCCGCUAUAAGACUGUUGGUAAUAAGGAGCGUUAUCGCAGGAAUCUCGGUGAUCGGUCAUCGGCGCCUGCAUCUGACGAUUAAUACUGGAAUAGCUCAUUGAAGGUGCUGUUGGGUUCUGACUGUCAUAGUACCCAAGACUGGGUUGUCGAUCAGUGUCUGGCCCGAUGCCAGAGUUCGCGAGAGGAGACCGAGAGCCGAAUGAGUAGGGAGCAGUCCGGUUGGACAUAUCGUCGGUAUACGAUCUGGAGUGAUGAACAGGUCGAGACCCGUUGAAAACAGCAGGAGGCGUGGGCGACGAAGAUGAUUGCUGGCUACUAUGCUCACUCGUAGAUCCCUCUUCUUGAACUGGUUCGAGGGGCGACGAUUCCUUGACGAAUGGGAGGGGGGAUGGAACUGCCUCCCCAGCCAUCAACGAACGGCCGGAUUGGCUGCUGGCCGAUGUCUGAUGGAUCUGGACCUGAGCAAGCGGGUUUGCGAAAGCAUCAACAACUUCUGGGAGGAACUCGACAGGAGGGACUUCCCUGAGACCCCCGUGAUUGAUCUCUUGGCAAAGACGUUCGACAACAUCGAGGAUCUCAUCGUGCGUCUUGCCUUCGCCAAGGCUCUGCAUGAUCCAGUGAGGGAUGGGAUCCCGACUGUUCGUAUCCGCCAGGCGCUUAACCUCACGUCUUCGAAUCGAGAAUGUCCAGGAUCGGAUGGUGAUGCCCUCCUGAUUAGUUCUGUUGACAUUCUCCAAACCUCGGCUCCAGAAGAUCAUUCGGAUGAUCUGCUCGUACACCAUUUCGAUCUGAGUCGAGCUGAAUCUAGCACCAGUUCGGUAGCGAAUCCUCUGAUAGUGCUUGCGACACAUGCAAACCCAGACACGCUCCGGGAUGCGACGAGUGCAGACCUUGUUGCGGCCAAAAAGAUGAGAGAUGACCUUGCGAGGAACCGAAUCAGUGUCACAGUCGGAAACUGCCAUGCAAAUAUCACCACCCUUGAGG